CAUCCCUAAUGUUCAUUUUUAUAAGCCUUGUUGCCCUGGGCUUUUUUUUUUUUUUUUAAAUUUUAGGUUAGUUAUUUUUGCUGUAUACAGGGAAAUGACCUCCAUGUAGCAGCCCGUGGGAGUUGCUUGAGCUAAGGGAGCCUUGUAGUUACUUUGGUAAUACUCAGGUGUUCGUGACCUAGUAUUUAUGUAACGAAUCUUUGAAUGACUUUGGGAUUUAAGAAGAGCCUAGAAUAUUGAAAUUCUAUUUAGGCGAACAGACGUUCUCAUGGAAGCCAGCCCCAAGAAUUUCAAAACAAGACCGAUUGUGUUCUAGAAUCUUAAAUAAUCGGUGAAAGUUUUGGGAGCAGAACCUCAAAAAUGUCCGGGGAGGACAAAAAAUAUGCUGACUUAUUUUAUGCAGACCUGAUGUUGAGCAUCAUUUGUGAAAAUUUCUGUUUGAAUUAAUUCAUACCUCUUUCAACGUAACUUCGCUAUACAAAAGAUGGUCUUAGGUGAAAUUUCUCUCUAUCACAAGUUUUUGUUUAAAUAUAUAGUAAAACAAAAUACUGCAUUUCAAAGAAAUAAAAACUUUGUUGCCUUAAAGGUAUUUAACGAGAUCCUAAAUAACCCAGUCUGUCACCACUUGAGACUGUUAGCCAAUUGUAAAUGUUACAUAGACAAAAAUACGGAUUUGCUGGUAGUCUCUCACUUUCCCCUGCGGGUGCUUUAGGCAGCUUACGAGGUUGACAGGACCAAAAAGUCACAUCAGAUUCGGUCGUAAAACGAGUUCUGCCAUGCAUGGGUUUGGAUUUAUGGCAGGCCCAUCCCCGUGGGCCUCUCAUAGUGUCCCAUGCCAGAGCAAACUGUAGCCCCGAACCAUUGCCUGGCCUCCUUGACCAUAGGCUGCAGGCACUGAAGCGGGUUGCACAGUAGAAAAAAAAGAAACCCUACCUGGCAGAGUUUAAAUAGGUUAAAAUCAGUAAUUUAAAAAUAACUUGAAACAUCUGCUCUGACCGGGAUCACAGUAGAGGGUUCCAGACAGAGCGGGAGAAAACUGUGGAACAAAAAAUGCAAUUCAUAAAGAGAAAAAAAGACCAGAUUUACUGGCUUGGUAGAGACUGGAGGAACCUUUGAGACUAUGGCCUUAAGACACCUCUCUGACUAGGAACUGCAGCUGUUCCCGGAAAUCACCUUUCAGCCAAGCAAUAGGACAGGCCUAUAAAAUAAAUGAUAACAGCUGAAAAGAAUGUGCUUCAUAGAACAAACAAUUAUACAUACGAGACCAAAAGGGCAACAUUUGCCCAAAAGUAAAGAUGAGAAGUUAGGAAGGAGUAGGAAAACCACAGAAAAAGAAACAGGGAACCCUGGACGGAAACGGGGAAAAUGCGGACGCAGUGUGGGGAUCGUGGCCAAUGUCGUGGAAUACUUUGUGUACAGUUUGUUGAAUGGGAAACUAGUUACUGUAUAAACUUUCACCUAAAACACAGUAAAGUAAAUAAACAACUGUUAUACACCGGUGUCACAUUUCAUGAAGGCGAAGGACAGUGGCUCUUGUUUUUGUGACUCAAAGUUAGUUAAAAAUUACUCCUGUCAUAGCUAAGCAAAUGUUAGACUGCCUGUAAAGACAGUUGCCUGUAAAGACAGAAUUGCAAAUUUGGUAAGCAGCACCAGUUAAAGGAUGCUGAUUUCUGCUCAGAGACAGCAACUAUAAUACAAAAUAUUACUGUGCUCUAGACAUUUCUGUGUUGCCUAUUAGUCACUAAGAAAUACUUUGCGUACGAUUUAGUGAAAGUGGGAAAUGGCAAGAUGUUUAUAUGGUAACUUUUUUGGUGAUGGCUGUAGUGCUAUUUUAAGGUUCUAAGAGCUGAAACUGCUCCAAGAAAUAAAGCAGGCUGACCAUUAUAAAGCUUCCCCCCCAUAUCAAUGCACUAAGUGCAGAUAAGCUUUUGAAACAUUCAUUCUACUUUUUUUUUGCAUUAGUCUUUGAAAUACUUACUGUGAGAUGUAUGGUCCUGUCUAUGGAGUUAUAGUGUGCUGUUUUGCAAAAUCCUAAAAUAUUGAAUCCAUGGUGUCAUCGGAUACUGCAGAGGUAGUUGGAGGCAUGUGAAUUACAGCUAGGAGUAAUUGAGAUACCCAAGACGGUGAUUGACUUUCUUGAGUGCCCUACCUACUGUGUGUGUGCGUGUACAGUCAAUGCCUGGGCCUGAUGUUCCUGAACAUUUGAUGUGUUGCUAAGGUAGACAGCAAAUUCUGUGUGUUUCUGUUUUAGCAGAACAUUUCCGCUGCUGGACCAAGGGUACAAGCCUGUUAUUCAGUGGGAUUUGGAAUUCCUGGAGAAUUGCCUUUGUGAAAAGCUAGAAAUAAUUUCUUUAAAUUCUGUCUCUUAGUUUUCUGUUUUGUUGUGUUUCAGAGGACACUGAGAAGCCAUGAACAACUUUGGUAAUGAAGAGCUUGACUGCCAUUUCCUUGAUGAAGGUUUCACUGCCAAGGACAUUCUGGACCAAAAAAUUAAUGAAGUUUCUUCUUCGGAUGAUAAAGAUGCCUUCUAUGUUGCGGACCUUGGAGACAUCCUGAGGAAACAUCUAAGAUGGCUGAAAGCUCUUCCUCGUGUCACCCCCUUUUAUGCAGUCAAAUGUAAUGAUAGCAGAGCCAUAGUGAAGACCCUAGCUGCCAUAGGGACAGGAUUUGACUGUGCUAGCAAGACUGAAAUACAAUUGGUGCAGAGUCUCGGUGUGCCUCCACAGAGGAUAAUCUAUGCAAAUCCUUGUAAACAAGUAUCUCAAAUCAAGUAUGCUGCCAAUAAUGGAGUUCAGAUGAUGACUUUUGAUAGUGAGGUCGAGUUGAUGAAAGUUGCCAGGGCACAUCCAAAGGCGAAGUUGGUUUUGCGGAUUGCCACUGAUGAUUCCAAAGCAGUCUGUCGCCUGAGUGUUAAAUUUGGUGCCACACUGAAAACCAGCAGGCUUCUUUUGGAACGGGCUAAAGAGCUGAAUAUUGAUGUCGUUGGUGUCAGCUUCCAUGUGGGAAGUGGCUGUACCGACCCUGAGACCUUCGUGCAAGCAAUCUCUGAUGCCCGCUGUGUGUUUGACAUGGGAGCUGAGGUUGGUUUCAGCAUGUAUCUGCUUGAUAUUGGUGGUGGCUUUCCUGGAUCUGAGGAUGUGAAGCUUAAAUUUGAAGAGAUCACCAGUGUAAUCAAUCCAGCAUUGGACAAGUAUUUUCCGUCAGAUUCUGGAGUGAAAAUCAUAGCUGAGCCAGGCAGAUACUAUGUUGCAUCAGCUUUCACCCUUGCUGUUAAUAUCAUUGCCAAGAAAAUUGUAUUAAAAGAACAGACAGGCUCUGAUGAUGAAGAUGAAUCAAGUGAACAAACCUUUAUGUAUUACGUGAAUGAUGGAGUAUAUGGAUCAUUUAAUUGCAUCCUUUAUGAUCAUGCACAUGUAAAGCCUCUUCUGCAAAAGAGACCCAAGCCAGAUGAGAAGUAUUAUUCAUCUAGCAUAUGGGGACCGACAUGUGAUGGCCUUGAUCGGAUUGUUGAGCGCUGCGACCUGCCAGAAAUGCAUGUGGGUGAUUGGAUGCUGUUUGAAAACAUGGGUGCUUACACUGUUGCCGCUGCUUCUACUUUCAAUGGGUUCCAGAGGCCAACUAUCUACUAUGUGAUGUCUGGGCCAGCAUGGCAACUCAUGCAGCAAAUCCAGAGCCACGACUUCCCAUCUGAAGUAGAGGAGCAGGACGUCAGCACUCUUCCUGUGUCUUGUGCUUGGGAAAGUGGAAUGAAGCGCCAUCCAGCAACUUGUGCUUCAGCUAGUAUUAAUGUGUAGAUACCAUUUUUGUAGCUGUUAACUGCGAGUUUAGCUUGAAUUAAGGGAUCUGGGGGGACCAUUUAACUUAAUUAUUGCUAGUUUUGAAAUGUGUUUAUGAGAGUAGGGUUGGCACAGAUGCAACAAUGUGGAAGACUAAGAGAUGGGGUCGCGCUUAUCUGUGUUCCUAUGGAAACUAUUUGAAUAUUUGUUUUAUAUGCAUUUUUAUUCAUUUUUCAAACAUGCUACUAAAGAAUGCACCCAGCUGCUGAGCAAGCAUUUGUAGCUUGUCCAGUGGCAGAAUGGGCCAAAAGCUUAGUGUUGUGACCUGUUUUAAAAAUAAAGUAUCUUGAAGUAA